AUGGCGAUACAACACCCCGUCUCCGGGGACCUCUCCAUCUAUCCCACCGAAAAGGAAUUCAUCCAUGAUGCCACCACCUCAGCCAGCGACUCUGAGAUUGAGAUUGUCCAAAACUGGAGCGCCAAGGAAGAGGCAGCCGUUCGGCGCAAGUUCGUUCACAUUUCCGAGUCCCCCUACUCACGCACUGACACCUUCAGGAUCGACUUCAUCCUCCUCCCCAUCCUGGGCAUCGCCUUCUUCGCGCUGCAAAUCGACAGAGGAAACAUCAGCGCCGCAUUAACCUCCACCAUCACGGAGGACCUGCGCAUAACCACCAACCAGAUCAACGUCGGCACGCAGCUGCUCUCCGCGGGCAUCGUCAUCACCGAGAUCCCCUCGAACAUUAUCCUGCAGCGGAUCGGCCCACAGGUCUGGCUCUCCGGGCAGUUGUUUGCCUGGGGCCUUGUGGCGACCUUUCAGGCGUUUGUGUCGAGCUAUCCUGCGUAUCUGGCGACGAGGCUGUUGUUGGGGAUGUUGGAGGGGGGGUUCAUUCCGGGCGCGCUUUAUUACCUCUCGACAUGGUAUAAGAAAGAUGAGACGAGUUUCCGGACGACGCUCUUCUUCUUUGGGCAGAUGUUUGCGGCGGCAACGUCGAGUUUGAUCUCGGCGGGGUUGCUGAGGUUGAACGGCAAGGGGGGAUUGGAGGGUUGGAGGUGGAUUUUUCUGGUGGAGGGGCUCAUUACCAUCUUCGCCGGAGUCGUCUUCACCCUGCUUGUUCCCCCCAAGGCCGGCAAUGGGAAGGCGUUGAUCAGCGCCGGGCGUUGGAGCUACUUCACCCCCCGCGAAUCCCAGAUCAUUGUCAAUCGCGUCCUCCUCGACGAUCCUCGCAAAGCGCAAGGCCAUGUCAAGAUCACAGGCUCGGAUAUCUGGAAGACGAUCCGCCAGCCGCGGACGCUGCAGCACGUCUUCAUCACCCUGGUCGCCAUGUCGGGCUUCCAGGGCCUCACGCAGUACACGCCGAGCAUGAUCAAGUCCUUUGGGUUUGCGCCCAUCCGAGCCAACGCCCUGGCUUCGGUCCCCAUCUACGCCAGCAUGGUGUGGACCUUGAUCCUCUCGUACCUCGCUGAUCGCAUCGGCCACCGCGGCCCCUUUGUCCUCCUCUCCAUCACCUGGAACGUCAUCUCCUACACCUGUCUGCGCAUGACACCCUUCUCCUCGGACAGAUGGCACAAGUACGCCGUCCUGACCAUCGCCAACGUCGCUUACUGCAGCAUGCACGUGCUCAACGUGGGCUGGCUGUCCGUUUACUGCAAGACCCCGCAGGAACGGAGCAUCUCCAUGGCAUUGAUCGUCAUGGCGGCGAAUUGCGCGGGGAUCUCCGGCUCGCAGAUUUUUCGCACGGCAGAUGCGCCUAGAUAUCGCAAGGCGCUGACGGCCGUUUGCGUGUUGGCGGCUGUCUCGUGGGUGCAGACCUUGGCUCUGGGGGUGCAGUAUUUCUUUCGGAGGAGGGAUAGUAAGAAGGGUGCCGAGGAUUGUUAA